AUGGCGCCCUCCAAACCUAAGCAGCUGACCCUCCAAAAUGCCAAUAUCUACGAUAACUCGGUCUCACACUCAACAGGCCACCAAGUAGCCGAUAACCCGUACUCAAACACAACCGCAUGGCGCGACACGCGAGCAGAAAAACUCCGGAACCAGUACCGUACUGGAAACUGUCUUCCGCGAAGCUCGGGGGAGCGGGAACGAGAUCAGCUCAGCUGUGGGACUGGGACUGGUGCUGGUGCUUUUGACGGGACACUGGGACCUGAUUCACCAGAGACAGAUGCUGGAGCCGGACGCCAGCCUGCACAGACAUCUUCCAGGCCGAGACCCGGUGGCGAAUAUCGAUGGGUUUCGGAUGCGGAGGCCAAGCGCUCGCAAAUGGGUGUUCGGGAUAUUCGGAGCUUUAUGGGGGUUAAUAAACGCAAGGCGGAUGAUAAAGUGCAUUGGACGGAGAAGAAGUUGAAGUGGGUUCAUCCUGUGGAGGAAGAAUUGAAGAAGAAGAGGCAAGAGAAGCCGACACCGACACUAUCUACCCCGAAAGACGAAAACAAAAACCAAACCCCUAACCCGAAUCCUAAUCCCAACCCCGGCCCUAAAUCUGAAUGCAAAUCCACUCUCCUAACCGGAACAUCAAUCUACAUAAACGGCACAACCCUCCCACAAAUCUCCGAUCACAAACUAAAACACCUCCUCGUCGCGCACGGCGCCAACGUCGCAUCCUUCAUGGCGCGGAAGGGCGUAACACACAUUAUCGUCGCGGCACCGGGAACAACAGGCGCCGGUGCGGGCGGUGGUCUCGCGGCGAGGAAAUUGCAGAUGGAAAUUUCUAGGGGUGGGUGGAAGGGGGUUAGGGUUGUUGGGGUUGAGUGGGCACUGGAAAGUAUCAAGGCAGGAAAACGGCUUGCGGAGUCGAAAUUCUCUGUUUUGAAUAUCGCGCCUAAGGGGCAGAGGAGUGUUGCUGGGUUUUUUGGCAGUGCUUGA